CUCGUGACGCGACCCCAGUUCUCACUCCCAUUGGGUGUCGCAUUCCUCGAGAAACCAACCAGCGUCACCCCUGUUCCCGGUGAGGAAAUCCCCUCAGAUGGAGGCCAAGGCGCCCCGAACCCUCCUCCUGCUGCUCUCGGGGGCCCUGGUCCUGACCGAGACCUGGGCGGGAUCCCACUCCCUGAAAUUUCGCACCGCCAUUACCCAGCCAGGGCACCCGGAGCCCCGUUUCAUCGCCUUCGGAUACGUGGACGACACCCAGUUUGUCUGGUACGACAGCGACGCCGCGAACCCGAGAGAGGAGCCGUGGGCGCGGUGGAUGGAGAAGGGGCCGCAGACGCGGAUAGGCAAGGCCAACGCACAGAUUUUCCGCGUGAAUCUGCGGACCCUGAUCGGCUACUAUAAUCAGAGCGAGGCCGGAUAUCACUCCAUUCAAUCUAUGCGUGGCUGCUACAUGGAGCGUGAUGGGCGCUUCCUCAGCAAGUACUACAGGACCGCCUACGACGGCAUGGAUCACAUCUCCCUCAACGAGGACCUCCACUCCUGGACCGCGGCAAACAGGGUGGCCCUGAUCACCCAGGACAAGUAUGAAACGACGGGUGAGGCGGAGCACCACAGACCCUACUUGGAAGUUACGUGCAUGGAGUGGCUCCGCAGCCACCUGGAGAAGGGAAAGGAGAUCCUGCAGCGCACAGAUUCCCCAAAGACACACAUAACCCACUGCCCCAUCUCUGACCAUGAGGCCACCCUGAGGUGCUGGGCCCUGGGCUUCUACCCUAAGGAGAUCACCCUGACCUGGCAGCUGGAUGGGGAGGACCUGAGCCAGGACAUGGAGCUUGUGGAGACCAGGCCUGCAGGGGAUGGAACCUUCCAAAAGUGGGCAGCUGUGGUGGUGCCUUCUGGGGAGGAGGAGAGAUACAUGUGCCAUAUGCAGCAUGAGGGGCUGCGUGAGCCCCUCACCCUGAGAUGGGAGCAACCUCUUCAACCCACCAUCCCCAUCACAGGAAUGAUUGCAGGCCUGGUUCUCCUUGGAGCUGUGGUCGUCGUUGUGAUGUGCAGAAGAAAGUUACCGGGUGGAAGAGUAGAGAGCUAUGCUCAGGCUGCCUGUUAAGUAUACAAGAGAUUGAUCUGUGAUACCCUUGGGGUUGGAAAUGGGAUCCCAUAGGGGAGCUCACCCACCCCAUAAUUCUUCCUUCAGCCACAUCUCCGAGGUCUGACCGGCUUCUGUUUUGUUCUUCCACACCCAGGGACAGUGCUCAGGAUUCUGAUGUAUCUUUUUAAGUUUCUAAUGAUGAGAUACUGGAGGGCCUCGAUUUGGAGAAGGGUGGGGCGGAGGGGACAGGACUGUGUUAUGGGACUCUCUUGUUUGGACAUAUUGUGUGGUGGGCUGGCUGUUCAAUGUGUCACCACUUACAGUGACUGAUCUGAUUUUCAUGAUUAUUUUCUUCUACAGCAUUAGACAGCCACUUUGUGUGGGACCCAAUGAUACAAGAGUUGUUCGAGACCCCUUACACACACACACACACACACACACACACACACACACUUGUGGCUUUGAGAGCUCCUGACUCUUUUUGCAACUGGCAUCUGUAUCCAUUACCUGUAUUCCUAUCAGCAUAAUGAGGAAGUGAGGAGCCUGGCCCAUCCCUGAGCACUAAGGUCCCUUCCCACACUGUGUUCUCUUUACUGAUCAACUUUCUUACUCCAACAGAUUGAGACUAGGACAUCUCCAUCUCUUUUAAUGUUACAUUUCACUGAGCUGCAAUUUAUUUCCUAUUGAAAAUAAGCAUCUGGAUAUAAAUUUCUCCUUAAAAUUCUUGCCAUGAGGUGGGGUUGAUGUUUUAAAGGACAGGAAGAAUUUUAAAAGCUUUUGAGAGGAAAUAAAACCUCAGACCCUUCCAGUAUCCACAUUUGCUGUGCUGAGUCUGCUGCAGGUGGCGUCAGAAAGCAGUAAGGACCCAAGUGUGGACCAUGCUAUGCCCCGUUGGUGCUAGUCCAUUGUGGGUUUUUCAGCUAGGUCAUUUUUGCCUCUUGGUUGCCCUUGCUCAUUCAACAGACCUUUGUUCCACAGGACCUAUGAUCACAGAGACACAGUCAUGACCUAGUCCUUAUCCUGUCUAGAACCAUAGACAGUGAGGGCUUCAUGUGUCUGAGUUAUCCUAAGCCUGACUCUCAGCAUCCCCUCAGCAUCCAACUUAAGUGUUUUAGUUUCUGAAGAUCAAAAAGAACACUCUUUUUUGGGACAAGUCCUGGCCUCAUUUCCUGGGGGUGUUGUCCAUCUCUGACAGCAGCAGGAGAUGCUCUGUCUGGCAUUACCCUACAAGGCCUCUACACACAGGAGACUAUGGUCUCAAGAGACACAUUUUCAAGCACUUCCAGCUCUUGCCCUCCUUCCAGGGCUGCUUUUCUGUAUUGUUCUUUUCCCUAACCUUUCUACCUUUUUUAAAGAACCAGAUUGUGGAACUGGUAGUGAAGAGGAAUCUCAUAGUUGCCUGUCCUAAAUUCUUGUUGCAAUUCUUCUACUCUGCUCACCUAUCCCUCUCCCAGCCCUUAGCUCUACUAAUCCUAGUGCUCUCUCAAAUGGAUUUAUAAAGCAGAGUCUAAUUUAGAUUUUUAGUUAGUUGGAAAAUACAAUCCAUUAAGUCAAGGAACAUGUGUUUCUUUUUUGAUGGUACUGGGGUUUGAACUCAGGGGCUCACACUUGCUAGUUAAGUGCUCUGCCACUUGAAAUAUGCCCUAGCCCUUUUUUGCUUUAGUUAUUUUUCAGGUAUGGUCUUGCAUUUUUGCCUUGGGCCAGCCUUGCACUUAAUCCCCUUACCUACUGCCUCUCAGCUGGGAUCACAGGCAUGCAUCAGUGACUGAGAUGGGCUCUCACUUUUUGCCAGGCUGCUCAAACUGCAAUCCUCCUGAUCACCACUUCCCAAAUAGCUGAGAUUACAGGUGUGAGUCAGCACCCACAGCUUAAGGAACAUCUUUUCUGAGAAAAAAUGCACAUGUAUUCAUGUGCUGUGGAGGACAGGAGGACUGAUGUGAGAGGAAGAUCAGCACUUGUAAGAAAAACCCAACCAGCCCUGACCUCAGUGUGAGAGGACCUUGUGCUGCAGCUGCCACAGAGCAGCACUUGGUCUGACGUUCUGCUAAUAAAGCUACGAGAAAAGGAAGCUGUGGUCUGCUGAUCAAUCAUUGAAUAAAUACAGGCAUAUCUUGCUUUAUU